AUUUGGUCAACCAUGAAAUGCAAAACAGCAUUUACUUUUCUAUUGUAGAAGUGAUUUCCACAGCUUGGAAAAAGAUAAAAGGGACUUGAAAUGAAAUUUAUAGUGACAAUGCAAUUCUGAGGGUAUGAGUUUAAACCAGUGAGGCAAACAGCUCCAUUUUUGUUCAGUGUUAAGUUACCAGUGUGUUAAUUUUGGCUACUUCUGAAAUAAAGAGAUACUUAUUAUUUAACAGACUUUACGAAUUAACUUUUAGUGUGGACUACUUUCCUGGAGAUACCAAUAGGAAUAUGUAUCUUUAAAUUCUGGACACCAUUAUGAACUCUGAAUAUUCACAGUGAGGAUCGUUUUAGCAUAUGGCUUGGGUUUGAUGACUAGUUGCAGCUUAAUCGAUUAAAAAGCUUUGACUUCCUGAUCCCGCUUGGAAAAGAAACAUUUCGUUGAAAAUAAUUGAGUUGGAUCACCUUUUCAAAAAUCAUCUCAAUAUUUACUUACUUUUACUGGAAUAUAACCAUCAUAUACUGGAAUAUAACCAUCAUAUAUUUGUUUCAUUGUAUUUUAAUGUGCAAACUGGUGUUUUCAAAUUCUGGACAAUAGAUCAAAUUAUAGACGAACUGGAAUCAAUACAACAGGUUAAGUUCAUAAGGAAGUGGGAGUUUUUAACAGCAACCAUUUUUUACCAGAAUUACACUUAUUGGUUGUAUAAUGUCAUUCUUAUAAUAGAUGGGACUUUUUGUUUAACUUCAUACACAUAUCGCUGUUAAUUGGUUUGUAAAAUUUAUGAUUGUAUAAGAUGGGAAAAUCUAAACUGUCUCGCCUUGUUGAUAAAGAUGGGCAUUGCACUGUUGUCUACAACAACUUAAAUACCAAAAGAGGCUAUGUCAAGGACAUUUUCACAACAUUAUGCGAAAUAAGAUGGCGUAUGUUAAUACUGUUUUUUACCGUGUGUUACUUGUUAAGUUGGAUAAUAUUUACAGUAAUAUGGUAUAGCAUGGCAUACUACAAUGGUGACAUGCGUGAUGACAUCACUAACAUUACAGAACAAAAUUAUCAUACACCUUGCAUAGAUAAUGUGUAUAGCUUUAAGACAGCAUUUCUGUUCUCAUUGGAGACGCAAACAACUAUUGGAUAUGGCAAGCGAGUAGUCACAGACAAAUGCUUCCUAGCUCCUUUUGUCGUUGUGAUCCAAUCAGUUUUCAGCUGUUUUAUCAAUGCAAUACUUUUCGGUCUAGUUUUCACCAAGGUAGCACGUCCUAAGAAGCGAGCUAUUACGCUAAAAUUCAGCAAAACGGCAUGUAUUGCACGGAGGGAUGAACGCUUAUGCUUCAUGUUUCUUAUAGCUGAUACAAGGCCUACGCACCUUUCGAACGUAACAAUCCAAGCCAAAUUUGUCUGCCCCCGAACAACAUUAGAAGGAGAGUACAUUCCGUUUUAUUCAUAUGACCUCAAUCUGAGCUCAGAAACAGAAGCUUUAGGUAAACAUAUGUACCUCGCUUGGCCGUUAGUAGUCUGCCAUUACAUUAAUGCGGAGAGUCCCUUCUAUGAUAUCUCCUCGAGUGAUUUAUCAAAAGCAAAAUUUGAGAUAAUCGUCCUCUUAGAGGGUCUUGUUGAACAGACAGGAUUACAAUGUCAGGCACGUACAUCGUACCUCCCGUGCGAAAUAAAAUGGGGAAAGCGGUUCUCACCUUCAAUGACUCUUCGCAACGACGACUCUAGAAAUCAUUGUAUUGUAAACUUUUCAGAGUUUAACACAUUAACUGAUCAAUCUACACCAACUGAGAGUGUGAAAUAUCACAUGGAGCAUAAUAGAAAGCCAAUGCAAAAGGCUUUGAAACCACAUGAACAUAAUCACAGGAACUCAAGUAAUGGACUAUCUAUAUUAAAUCCAGCUUAUGAAGAACACCAACGAUAAAGAGUAAUAAAGGCCUACCCUAAAUUUUAACCUAGGACUGAAAAAAGGACACACACUGAAGAAUAUACAAGGUGGAUAGUUGUACCAUGUACUAUCUACCAGCAAGUUCAUCAGUAAAUUUUGUUUUAUCUCAUGCAACUGAAUAAGGAAACAGAGUUCCAUAUUUGUAAAUUUCUUGUAAGAAACCUACUGACUAAAAAGAAAUGACAGAUACAGUACAAACACUGAACAGUGAAGAUUACAAAACAACAAUAACUGUGGUUCACAGACUAAUAGUUCACUCUUCUCAAAGAGGUAUCUACAGACCUGUCAACCCGUACGCAUUCGCCGUAAGUCUUACGCAUUCCAAUCAAAUCUUACGGUCUUAUACAAACACCGGCAAAACUUACGCUUAUCCUAAAAUUUAAGUAAAUUUUGUUUCUUUUUCAAUUUGUAAUGAAUUUUCAUAAGAAGGGAAGCCUUUUGUUAUCUUAAACUAUCUUUCAAAAAUUACUGUAUCUGAGAUCAUUAUAAAUUCAUUAACAUUGAUUAGAUGUGCUAUUUAAGCCAAAGAGUCCAGGAGCCCGACCAGGCGCUCUUGGCGGCCCCUGGCCCC